GGCCGAAGUGAGGUUCGCGAGUCUCUGGGUCCCGACGGGAAGGAGCGAAGCACCCUCUCUGCGCCUGCGCGCUCCGUGCCUGCGACGCAAACCCGGCCUCGGCUUUUCCUGCCCGAAGCGAGAGAUUAUCGCAGUCCUGGUUUCUCCUUCCAGAAGCCCCUCUCCCAGUCCUCUGUAGCUCCUGGUAGUGCCCUGACCCCUGCUGCCACCGUCCUUCAGAGAGCAACGGAAGAGCUUCCCGGAGGGCGAGGAAAAGAGGGAAAGUAGCCAGCAAUGUCGAACACAAUGUAUAAUAAGAUGUGGCAUCAGACCCAAGAAGCCCUCGGUGCUUUACUCGAUAAAGAGCCUCAGAAGAUGGUUGAACCACAAAGAAAUCAGGUUUUCAUCUUUCAAACGUUGGCCACCUUCUACAUAAAGUAUGUGCAGAUCUUCAGAAACCUGGAGAAUGUCUACGACCAGAUCGUCCAUCCCCAGAAACGAAUACUGAUCAGGAAAGUCCUGGACGGGGUGAUGGGCCGCAUCCUGGAGCUGAAGAACGAGAUGGUGGAGCUGGAACUCACGGAGUUCCAUUAUUUCGAUGAUAUCCUGCAGGAUCUAAAGCUGGCUCCCCAACAAUUAGAUAUUCCCAUACCCAAGUAUUUUUUGAAGGAGAAGUUGGAAGUAAUAAAAGGAAGAGAGAAAAUUCUUGCUCAGAUAUUAGCCGACAGCGGAAUAGAUACAUCUGAAAUGAAAUUCCCUGUAAAGAGUAUGCCUUUCGACCAGGCUGUUAAAUUAAUCCAGAUUGCUGAGAGGGCACGGCAAGGUCGCCUAAGGGCGUUAUUCAUGAAGCAAAUCUAUCUGCAAGAAUACAGAGCAAAGCAAUCCAAGACGCUUGGCAAGAAAGUGACAGAUACCUGGGCUGCUGCACUCUGCAUUCAGAAGGUUUGGCGACGUUUCCAUCAAUGUAAGAAAACUGAAAAACUGAGAGAAGAGGAGAUGAUCUUCCUGGGUAUGAAUCCACCUCCUCUCUUUAAUGAAGUCAGUGCUACAGUAAUCCAGGCUGAGAAGGUGGACCGCCUGCGGAACGAGGUGCAGAUGAAGCAUGAAGAGGACUACAGGGAAGCCCUGGUUACCAUCAAGAAUGACCUAAAGUUGAUAGAAGGCCUGGACAUCAAGGAGAACCUUCAAGACCAGAUCCGGCAUUGGUUCAUUGAAUGCAGAAAUUUAACCGGGACAUUUCCUGACUACCCUGACAUUGAAGAAGGAGGCUCAGCUAUUAUUUUUUCUAACAAGACCAUACAACAGGUUAUUGAGGAUAUCAUUGCAAACCAAGAAGAAGAAGAAAAAAACGAAAAGAAGAAAAAGAAGAAAAAGGAAAAACAACCUAAGAAAACCAAAAGACAAAAGAAAGGAACCAAGGAAAAAAAUAAGGAAGUUUUCCACUCCCAGACAUGGGUCCCUCGGCUUCCUGCCUCGGAAGUGCACAGGAAGCAUCGUGGGAAGGCGAAGAGCUUCCCUAAGGAUGACCCUUCCAAGCGGGUCCAUCUUGCAGCCUUCCUGGGAUACAAGGCUGGCAUGACCCACGUCGUGCAAGAAGUCAACAGGCUAGGAUCCAACGUGAACAAGAAGGAGGUGAAGAAGGCCCCGCUGAUGGAGAUCCAGGUGAACAGAGGCACCGUGGCCAAGAAAUUGGACUGGGACCGGGAGAGGCUAGAGCAGCAGGUACCUGUGAACCAAGUGUUUGGGCAGGAUGAGAUGAUUGACGUCUUCAAGAAAGGCUACCAUCACCACACUACAAGAAGAUCGAUCUGUAUGAUCGGCCAGGGCUACCUUAUCAAGGACGACAAACUGAUCAAGAACAGUGUCUCCGCUGACCAUGACCUGACUGACAAGAGCAUCAACUCUCUGGCUCUCCAUUGGGUUAAGUCAGAAGAGUUGUCUGACAGUGGAGCGGGCCACCCGCCCUGUGUAGAGGAAGAGAGCGUCAGAACUCAGGUCAUGGCUGGCCUUCCUCACCUCAGGAAGUGGGCCAGAGUGUGCAAGGCCAGCCACAGUGGUGGGAUGGGAUCUGGGAAGGUGACCCCUGGUUUCUACUGGGGGAAACGUGUGUGUGACAGUUGCAGGAAAGCCCUGGACCUGCGAACCAGCCAUGAGGCUUAUGUUUAUAUUGCAAUAACUGUUUUCACUAACCUACAUCUUUUUAAAAUUUUUUCUUUUUCUUUACCCUUCUGGAGUAUAGAGAUCUGGAUGAAUAAAGAUGAGUCUUGGAAUUUCUCUCAGGACUUUGAUCCAGAACUGAUCAAAGAGGAGAAACGGAAAGAAUUAGAGUCAGAGAUCAGGGUACAGGUUGAUGAGUUGAUGAGACAGGAACUGAAAAACUUAAAGCUAGCUGUGGACAGAGAAAGGGAGCAUCCAGCAAAAGUAGGAAAGAAGAAGAAGAAAGGAAAGAAAGGCAAAAAGAAAGAGAAAAAGACAAAGAAGGAUAAAGAUCUGACAGCAGACAGGACCAUCGAGUCUCUGUAUAAGGAACUGGUGGAAGAAGGAUUACUGAUCCAGGCUCUGAAAGUCAACCUCUCUGAUUACAUUGGUGAGUACAGCUACCUGGGGACUACUCUUCGCCAGGUAUCCAUAGAACCCAUGCCCUCCCUCCUGGAUGUCAGACAGCUCAUCACGUUGUACGGAAUCUGGCCAUUAGGUUCUGCAGCAGUGCAUGAGAAAGCUCCCUUGGUGAAAUCGCUGCUGUUAGCCGGGCCGUCUGGGGUAGGGAAGAAAAUGCUGGUCCAUGCCAUCUGCACCGAAACGGGAGCCAACCUCUUCAACUUGUCCUCCUCUAACAUUGCUGGGAAAUACCCUGGCAAAAAUGGCCUCCAAAUGAUGCUGCAUGCAGUCUUCAAGGUAUUGAUUAUAUUUCUUGGUUUCCAACUCUCCUCCCUUUCAAAUUACAUUUCUAAACCCUGCAGACAAUUUCUGUUGGCAGACAAGCAUGACUCUUACAUUUCCUCAUUGUCUACCCCUGCAAAUUACUUCAUUAUUGCAUAUGGCCAAACACACACAAUUAGAAACAACUUCUUUCUUUCCGUAAGCACCCUACUGUGCCGUCCUGAUCACCCUCCCUCUGCCACAGGAACCCUUCUGGAAAUGCUUUCAUGUCUCAUUGAAAAGGCCCCUGACCGCUGGUUCCUCACCCCUCCCUGUGCCAGCCUGGCUUCCCGGCCCCACGUGAAGCCUGCCCACACACCCCCUCACUGCAUGCUACCGUUCUGCCCGUUCCUCAGAGGCCAGCCCAGGUGCCCCCUCCUCCUGGAAGUCCAGCCGGAGUUCCCCGCGGGGAGCAGUUUCUUCUCUGAGCUCCCUGUGGCUCUCCUGGACCUUCGCACCGCUUGCCUCCCGUUCUCAUUAUGGCAACUCAGAACAUUAGCACCUUUGCCUCUGCCUUUUUUAGGUUCUGCAGCAGUGCAUGAGAAAGCUCCCUUGGUGAAAUCGCUGCUGUUAGCCGGGCCGUCUGGGGUAGGGAAGAAAAUGCUGGUCCAUGCCAUCUGCACCGAAACGGGAGCCAACCUCUUCAACUUGUCCUCCUCUAACAUUGCUGGGAAAUACCCUGGCAAAAAUGGCCUCCAAAUGAUGCUGCAUGCAGUCUUCAAGGUGGCUCGACAGCUCCAGCCCUCCGUGGUGUGGAUUGAAGACACAGAAAAAACCUUCUACAAAAAAGUUCCCAACGCAGAAAAGACGAAUGAACCUAAACGCCUGAAAAGACACCUUCCCCAAAUCCUGAAACUCCUGAAACCAGAUGACCGGAUUCUGAUUGUGGGGACCACACGGCGUCCCUUCGAUGCUGAACUCCAAUCUUUCUGCAGAGUUUACCAGAAAAUUAUUUUGGUGCCUAGACCAGACUAUGCUUCCAGAUACGUUCUGUGGAAACAAAUCAUUGAACGCAAUGGAGGAGUCCUCACCAGUGCCUUGAAUGUCAGCUGCCUGGCGAAGGUCACUGACGGCUUCACCCAAGGACAUAUAGUCAAAGUGGUUAAAGCUGUGCUCACAGAUCAGAGACUCCGGCGGCAAAUUCAUAAACCUCUCACUGCAGUUGAGUUUAUUACCGCAAUAACCAGCAUGGACCCGGUGUACAAAGAGGAAGAAGAGAGCUUUAAGAACUGGUAUGCCAAAACCCCUCUGGGUAAAAAACGAGCCUUGGCGAUAACAGGUGGCAGCACAGAAAAGGCAAAGGACAAAGGGAAAAGGAAAGAAAAGAAAAAGGCAAAAAAGAAAAAGUAAUGCCUUUCUGAAGAACCAUGCUUGAGUCUCUCUGGGAUGGAGAGGACCCCAACUCGCCAACGAAAAGAUUCACCAUUGCCUGCCUGAGGAAGCCCUUAGGGGAAGGAACUUAGCAGUUUGCAGGUGAGCUGAUGCCGCAAACCUGCUAACCACUGCGUGUGCUGUUAUGCCUUUCCCAGGCUGGACACCUAGCUGGGUGUUCAUCACAACUUUCCAUAGCUUUAAUCCACGCCAAGUUUGUAUAUAACUGAAAUUCACUCUUGACGCCCUCCACAGUCUUUCCAAGUUGGACUCUUCCUGUCAUCAGUACUAGCUGUCAAAUUUAAAAUGUGACAGUUAAAGAAUAUUCUGGUUUGACAAUUAGUAAGCAAUGAGUGUAUCAUCAGUACACUAGCUUUUUAUUAAUGGAUGUACACUGUAUAGUAUCUUGCAUCUAUUUUAAUAAAUUAAUUCUUUUGCUCUAGUAAUAGAUUUUAUAUAAUGAAAUAAAGCUGUUGUCCUUGAACUGA